CAGGCAUCUUUCACUAUAUUAUAAACGUGAUAUAAUCAGUUCUUGGCAAUGUUUCUCAUCUAACAAUAUUUCCAUCCGAUGAUAAUUGGCCAUUGCCUCAUCAAAAUCCCAGCUUAGAAUACAUUAAAAAUAGAUAAAUCCCAUUGAUUUGCAUAAGCUACAACUCGGCUGGCCAUCACAAUGGAUAACUUCAGUCUCCACAAUUUCUCCGAGUCAGGACCACAUUCUGUUAUUGUACCAAAUUCAUCCCUACGCUGUGCUCACGGCAUUCAUCCUAAACGGUCGUAUCCAAGAUCGCCUGAGCCCCACUGCAGUCACCCUGGGAAAACAAACGCACAAAUUCGCUGCAAACAAGAAAUUCGUUCACCAAAUUCGCGUUCUCCAUCGAUUGAGACUGCGGGGAGCCCAAGUAAGAGACCAGCUCACGGUAACGACAGUUACUUACUUGGGGGAGAGUGUAUGAGUUUUGAAAGGAUGGUCAAUUCUCCCAUGAACAUGUUCCCUCCGAUGCCCAUACCUUUGCGAAGGAAGUCGGACUCAGACGCUUUUAUGAGGAGUUCACCCGAUUCCUUCAUGUCGCCAUCGUCCACGCCUGUCAGCCCAAAUUCACCCGGGAUGCCGAACAGUGGAGCGGCAAACUCAUUUCAAGAAGAUGAAUUUAAAUUAAGUGUUCCCCAAACGCCGGACUCUACAGUAACGAUGUCGCCGCCGGACAGCGUGCGCUCUCUGCAGUCCAACGACUCGCCUCUGUCACAAAUGGGUACGCCAAUCUCGUCUCCGAUGCCGUUUCAUCCUAGGAGUCCGGAAGGAUCUGCACGCCCCGGGGGCGAGGAUGAGCAUUUCAUCCGCGUUAGGCCACACUUGGCGUCGCCCCCUGCGGCCCCAGGGGCGCCGUGCAUGAUUUGCAGCGACAAGUCGACGGGAAAACACUACGGGGCUCUGAGCUGCGACGGAUGUAAAGGCUUCUUCAGGAGGUCAAUAAGGAAGGAUAACACUUACUUGUGCAGGUUCGAUAGACGCUGCAACAUGACCAAGGAUCGUCGCAAUCAAUGCCGUCACUGCAGACUCAACAAAUGCCUUGAGGUUGGCAUGAAGAAAGAAGCGGUGCAGAACGAGCGUGACCGCAUCAGCCACCGCCGUGCAGGCCCCGCCGCCACGUCUACCCCGAAACACCAGCCGGGGUCCCCGCCCCCGCAGCCCCCGCCGCUACCGCCGCCGCUGCCGCCGCUCGCCAAGAGUAGCAUCUCGCUCGAAGUCCUGCUCGCCGCCGAGGCUCACUUCAGGGUGACCAGCGAGCGGCGGCUGGAGGAGAUGCGGGCGGAGGGGCGGGGCCCCCACAUCUCGGCCGUGGGGGGCGACAUCGCGUCGCUGGAGGACGUGGCGGAGAGCGUGAAGCAGCAGCUCUACGGCCUCGUAGACUUCGCGAAGUCGCUCCCGCAGUUCAACUCGCUGCACUUGGAGGACAGGAUAAAGCUGCUCAAGGCUCAUUCUGGAGAACAUCUUUUGCUGGGAAUAGCUUGGCGCAGUCUCGCAACAGACGGGUACUUGUUGCUGGGUAUCAAUAAGCGCAUACCGCGCCUCGAGAACGGAGUCACGGUCCCACACGGGCGCCUAAAUAACGCAGCGUGGGACGUUUCGACGGCCAACAUCAACUGGAUAGCCUCGAGGGUGUUGGACGACAUUGCCAAGCCGCUGCGCCAAAACCAAGUUAACGACCAGGAAUUUCUCUGCCUCAGGACCAUGAUUUUUUUCGAUCCAAUGUUGCACGACCUGAAGGACCGCGAGUCGGUCCAGCAGAGUCGCCUGGAGGUGCAGUUGCUGCUGGAGGACCUCAUAGCUAAGAGGUCUCAGGUGCCUGCGCGAGGUCGGCUCGGCCAGAUCAUGUUCAUGCUGCCUUACCUACAGACCAUCUCGCAGGCCAUGACUCAGCAGAUCCAGAUGGUCAAGAAAGAUGGCGUCCAGAGCAUCGACAAGAUCAUCUCGGAAAUGCUGCUUGGAUCUUUCCAGGAAGAUGAGAAGGAUGAUUGCCAUGACACCCUGCCCUCGCCUCUCAUCACAAUGGUGCCCCAUCCAACGUCUCGUCCCGAGUGUCGUGCUUAUGAAGAAAGUCCCCCGACAUCCGACGUCCAUGAUCGACGUCAAGUACGUUCACCGUCGUCAGCAGAACCAUGCGACCUCAGCUACCACCACGACCAACACGAGACGUUCAACGGGUACGGUGAUCCUGGCAAACGGGAUCUUGAACACUUUGGUCGGGGGCAUCGUGGCCAAGAAAACGCGUACGGCGAACAUGAGGAUGAACGCCACCGGCGUGUGAUGACUGGCAAUGAACACUUCGAUAAUCAUGAUUACUACCGUCGGGUUAAGCAAUGCGUCUUGGCAAACGACUUGGAUCGGGCUUCGAAUUUUCGUGAAAAUGACGGGGUCCCGGAUGUUGCUGUGUCUGAAGAACGAACAUAUCAUCUGAUGGGUUCUUCUCUUCAUACUUCGAAUCCGAAAAUACAAGUAACAGGGGAGUUCACUGCCAACAAUUACACUCGGGCCGAGAUGUCGAGACAUGAUAUCGAACGAAGCCAAAUGAUUCAGCCUUCCUCGACGCUCAUUGACCUUUCCAGCGGGAAUAUGACGCAUCGAAUAGCUGAUGUUCACGACGGCCGGCAGUCUUAUGAAGCAAUGGAACACUCAACACUCGAGUGCAUGGACGCCGCUCCUCUCAACUGUUCGGAACACAGCACUGCAGCCAGGAUACAUGGGCCAUAUAACGGCAGUGAACAUCGCUCAGUGCUGCCAGGUAGAGCAGAGCAUCUCGUUGCUCUGUCCAACAGGGUCCAUAGCGAUGAAUUGCUUCGAUGUGACGGCGGUAUGGCAGUGGAUGAGAGGCCUGACAGGCAGUCAAUAGGCAAUGUCGCAACAAACGGUGACGCGAUGUCGCACUCGAACGAAUCGGAACGAAGGGUCGAAUACCGAGACUCUGCUCGAGCUGAACACUAUUCAGGAUUUGAGGCAUACCAUAGAUCUCCUGAUCAUGUGAUAAGAAAUUAUGCCUACACUGACCGUUUGGCUCCACAGUUGCCUCUUAACUUGCGACAACGUUUGACUGAUAGAUGAAGUUAUUCGAGCCAUGGUUCGUUCUCAGGAACUAAUGUAGGUUGUAUAAUUAUAAUGUUCUCAUACUGAAUUAAGGAGCUUUUAGUCGUGAUAUAAAAAGCAUAUUUUUGCUUUCAGUAGCGUAUUGUUUCAAGCAAAAAUGCGAAUUGCAAAAAACGAUCAAACUGGCAUCUAAAAAAUAUUUUUGUUAACAGAUUGAUGAAAUAUUUUUUGAAGGAAUCUGUGCGAAUCCUUGAAUGUUUUAUGCUUUCAUACCUGAGUCAUGAUUUAUGUGAAAUAAAUAAUAAUUCUUCAGGUUACGAAAAUGUCAUACGAAUAUUUAUGCAUCAAAUCAAAACUUUGCUUCAUAUAUAUUCAUCUUUGUUCGGCGUGUCCUCAGUUGACUGACGUUUUUUCAAAUCACUGCAAUUCUGUUAUGUAAAUAUCUUAUAAACAAAAUAAUGGUACAAAUGAUUUUAAAUUAUAUCACUGAGCAAUUAUCAUGUUAAUGCCUUGUGAACUUUGCUGUUUAAUUUGCUUCAAACUUGGCCGCUUUGUCUUGGCCUCUUUGUCUUUAGCUUGAACUUUUACAAUCGACAUUAAAUUCCGGUGACAUGAUUAGGACCAGCAACAGCUUUAAUUUUGUCACAUGUCUUGCAUAGGAGUAACACUCAGAGAAAUUGUCGAGACUUUGUUCAAAUAGAGAUACACUUUUACUAUUGUGUGGGACAUCCUGACAUCGUUUGGCACGGCUUAAGGGCAUUUCCAUCUCUCUGCUCGUGCUGUGGGUAAGAAAGUGUGUCAUUUUUUGGAAAAUAUGACCCAUUCAUUUUCUGAGUGUUAAAUGAUAGGAAAAUGGACAUGUUGCUUGAAUAUUUAUUUACUUAACAAAAUUUAAAACAAAUUUCUGGCGUACAGGUUGAAAUGCUGUGUUUGUAAUGCUCAUUUACAAGUUUUUCAACACUCCGAAUCUUGCAAGAAACUUAGAAACUGCCUUACAUGUGCUUUUGAAUUUUGACUUUAUUUUUUUUAUAGUUAAUGAAUAAGUAGCCAGGUGGUUAUAUUUUAUUUGCAAGUAUGUUUAUUAUGAGCCUAAAUUAGUUCAUAAUGGAAGUCGAUGUUGCGGCUUUAUAACACAGCUUAUAUUAGAAAAAUAUAAAUCACGAAUAUAAUCGGGAACAGCAGUCGCUUGCCAUAACCGACAUUUUUACACUAGCCUGAUAAUAAUGGUUAGCUACUAUUUACGUACGCAAGCUUGCUGUUCAUAAUGUCGCUGUAUAGGAGUGAGUUUUCUUGCUCGUAUAUAUGAUCUUAGAUUCUGGUAACGAUUAGGUUCAGAGUUUAACAACAUUUGCUAUUAUAUGGAUUUCUAAACGACGAUGAGUCUAAAUAAUUGAAGCCGUUAGUAGAAUUUGAAAUCCAACUUACGUUAAAAAAUCAUGUUACAAUAAAAGAUGAGCAACAGCGUUGUAAAUUGUCACAAAUAAGUUAUUGAUCAAGAACGUUCAGUCCGCACGUUCUUCUCGAGCUAGCCAUUUCGGUUCCUAACGUCAUCAUGCAAUGCCUUUUAAGGUUUGGAUUCCGUUCCGUAAUAUUUCAGGUUAGCUUCACAGAGAUAUUCAGUUCAGGUGGAAAUGUAAGCUUCGGUUUAGAUAUUCUGGCGGAGCAUGUCAAGUUUUAAUGGAGCUUCUAUGUUACGUUAGAUCGAGUAUGAGGCAAUUUUAAGAAACUGCAGGUUGACGGUAACUGAUAGUACGUCCUUAUUUAUAUCAGAAUUGUUAUAGGCUAUGCCUACUGGCCCAUCUUAGGAACAAGCUUCCGUGUGCUUUGUUUUAGGGAAUUUUUAAAUUAUACAAAUUUAAAAUUUUACAGCAGAACUAUAGACUGGAAUGAAAACAUAAGGUCGUGAAUUCUACAUCAUGACUAUAACCUCAUCACUUGUAAACUCAGACUCAGUUAUUUGUUAGAAGGAAUUGAAGAAGAUGGAGUAUUAAGGCAUGAUUGCUUUGAAUAAAGUUUGCAACUGUUAGAAACGGAAAGAAGGUUCACUUAAAUGUUCGUGUCUGAAUUUAUAUCAGCCCCUCAAAUAUACUUCAGACCAAUUAGUGUUCAAAAUAUAAGUUUAAAAUAAAUCAGACCACUCGGCAUAUUCUGCGUAAUAUGUUAUGAAAAAUGAUGCAAUGUUAUUCUGAUGUUACUGAAAGUAUUCGUAAGUUAAAGUUGAAAAUGAUUGGAAAUUUCAAUUCUAUUCGAGGACAUUUAAAUGCGUAUUUGCGGACUCACAAAAAAAGCGCACAAGCUUCACCAGCGAGCUGUUACAAUACCUUGGAAUAUGUGCUCAAUAUUAACAAAUUGUUCUUCUGUUAUUGUUGUUAUUUGUAAUGAAGAGAGUAAAUUUGUUUUUACGCGACUUUUCAUUAACCAUUGCUAGCUGAACUCUCAGUCUUUGUACGAAGAAGUUUCUGUUGUCGCUAUAAUUUUAUUUUUUCGCCCCAAGCUAAUUGUAUUGUCUCUAAGGUAGAGCUUGGCGGUUGGUUUUCCUAUUUUUUUGAGUAGUUUUGUUUACAAAAAUAAAAUAGCCGCUCGCGAAACGGUUAGUUUUUAGACGUGCGAUUCAAAUGAUUGCUCUACUAUUUGAAUUCUAGGUGGCGUGAUAGAGAAAAUCGUGCAUGCAGAUCCAUUCAGAACCGUUAUAAAACAUUCACCGUAUGAAUUUCGUCUCUAAUCAAGCUUUACGGUGACUCGCAGGCCAUCAAAGAAUAUUUUGAAAUGUUAAUAUUCUAGAGUUACUAUCAACUAACCCACUGUGAUGUCAGAAUUUUAUAGUUCAAGUAAAGAUAAUCUCCUGCAAAGAUAACUGGAAUCUAGUUCCCUUAUUUUCCCCUAAAUUUGUUCAAAUCGAAAAUUCACGAGAAAAUAAAGCAUACGGCCACUGUUGGAUAUCAUCCCAUUAAUUUGAUUAAAUGGACACACAGAAGAACGAAUGGGUCACAUUGUCUUAUUCAACAGCAUAAUAAUGGGAUUAUAUAAUCAUCCCCUAAGUAUGCGAUCAAAAUUCAAGACCGCUCUGCGACGACACUAAUGUUAUUAGCUGAGCAUUGCUUGGGAUUUAAUAAAUUUAGCGUAAUUUAGGAAUGAAAAAAUGUAAUCCCCCCGAAAUUUAAGGAAUUUGGCACGCUAAUAACGACGAAACAAAUAUAAAAAGAUAUUGUAACAA